ACGUGUCUGAACGUGGCUCGUGUGACAUUAUUGUUGUUGUUAUUGGUGUGUAGACCACGCUGUGGGUGGGUGGGUGUAACAGACGGAGUGAGCGAGCGAUUGUGACCGCGGUUGUUUUGUAAGCGAGCGUCGCUCGGCAGGCGUUUUGCUGAUCCUCCCUCUCUACCACCACCUUUUGUCGACGGACACAUUCCGUCGUUGUCCGAUUAUCUUGGCCGUCGUGAUUCAUUGUCGCCACGAUGGAGGCCUUGACUGCAGCUUGCCUCGAGCGGCGAGUCCACGUGGUGGAGUUUGACGUUCGCUUUCGAGGCACCAUUAAGUCCAUCGAUCCGACGAACAAGACGCUGACUCUCGACAAAGUCGAAGUGAUCAUCGGCGAUGCUCAAAUGGCAUUACCUGGGCUGAAAAUGCUGGAUGGACAAGGGAUAUCUUCAAUUACUUUUCUUGAUGAAAAUCCGGCAAAAGCCUGCAGACGGCAAGGAGUUGAGAAAGCUGAUGCUGGUGUUUCAAGUGGAAAUGUCAAGCCUGACAGAUAUUGUAAUAGAAUUCCAGGGAAAAUUGUGAACUACAUCUUAAUUGACAAAUUUCAAGAGAAGUUUGGAUCAGCUAUCCAGAACCUGAGUGAGUCAUCUGUGAUUAGCCUUGAGCUAAAUGGAAAUAACAUUUCCAGAUUUGGAAAGCUGUGCUGGCUUCAGGUGUCCACAAAGGAGACUGUUUACCUCUUUGAUAUCUUGACUCUCGGUUACGAAGCAUUCGAUUUUGGCCUGCGAAGAAUUUUGGAAAAUGAGGCAAUUUUAAAGGUGGUUCAUGACUGCAGAUUUUUGUCUGACUGUCUUUACCACCAAUACAAAACAUCACUGGCCAAUGUCUUUGACACACAGAUUGCAGAUGUCAUCGUGCGCAAGCAGGAAGCCGGUGGCAAGUGGCCUGACAAAUUGAGGCUUCUGCCCGAGUGUUUGUCUCACCAUCUCGGACUUCCUGCUGCUGCCUUUCAGACAUACAGCGUGGCCAGCGCGACGGUGUGGACGAUGCGCCCCAGCCACUCGGCACUCCUCCAUCUGGCUGCUCGACACAUGCCUGAACUGCUGGCGCUCCGCACGGUGUUGCUCGACAAGCUGAUGGUGCCCUUUACAAUACAUGUCGGUCACAGCCUCGACAUUUACCGUGCCCAGCCAGACCACGUGCUGUGCCAAGUGAAGCGUGACAGCCUGGAGCUGCCCCAGUAUUUGCUGUCCCAUCUGCCUGAAGAAAACUGGGCCAAGAAUGGGAAGUGAUAAGCACAGGAAUUGGUUGGACUGAGCAGUCUGCAACUUUGUAAGCGAGCUGCGCUGUGCAGUCCGCCCUGUACGAGUCGUCAUAAGGAAGGAGUGAAGAUAAAUGUUUCUCGGCCAGGGUACUGGAUAAUUUAUCCUGAUACUGUAAACGCAUAUGCAUCACUUAAACAAUAGCAUAGGACUGCCAUCUUGCAACCGACAGUUACAACUCAAAAUAACCAUGAACCUUUCGAUUUAAAGCUUUCGUGACUGCAGAGAUUCAUCUUCUUGGUUCUUUCGGUAAAGUCAUGUAGAAGGGAAGUAAUAAAAUAAUAAAAAUAAAACAUAAUAAAAUAAUUCUCACGACGUUUCGGCCACAACGCGCAAGCAGCCGUCCUCAGGUGAAGACCAGGUCUGUCGGGGAGACAGCGUCUGAAUGAACACAUCCUCUAUGAAUAUACAAACAGCUCUCGGCAGUUUCUGAAGAAGCACAUUGGCGGCCCUCUUGUCUUCAAUCACCAUCAAAAUAGAUUUGAGCAAAUGUGACCGUGUGACAGGCAGCAUUGAUACAGAUAGACAUUCGUGGAUCGAGCGGCUAAAGUAUAAUCAUAAUCAACGUUUUUGGGUUUAGAUCGCGUUUA